UCUCUCUAUAUAUAGAAAAAUAUGAAGUCCAAAUUUUAUUCCUAUCAAAGUCUCAGUUUCUUUGCUUCUUUUUCUUUAAAUUCUUGAGGGGGUUAAGAAGGAAAUACAAAGACAUACACGUAUAACACAACCUUGAUCAGUGAUCACCCUUCUUUUUUCUUUGUUCAUGGCUGCUACUGGAUGUUCUUGGCUUGGUGUUUUAGUUGGUAUUUUUUGUGGUCUUUUGGGUAUUAUCUUCAAUCAUUUCUUGCCCAUGUUCUUGAAACGUGGUAGUGAUCAUGUUCCUAAAGGUUCUUUUGGGUGGCCAAUAUUAGGUGAAACACUUGGUUUUUUAAAGCCUCAUGCUUCUAAUUCUCUUGGAAAAUUUCUCCAAGAUCAUUGUUCUAGGUAUGGGAAAGUGUUCAAAUCCCAUUUAUUUUUCUCUCCAACAGUUGUGUCAUGUGAUCAAGAACUUAACUACUUCAUUCUUCAGAAUGAAGGGAAGUUAUUUCAGUGCAGUUAUCCAAAGCCUAUUCAUGGAAUUCUUGGCAAUGUUUCGAUGCUUGUUGCAGUGGGUGAUACUCAUAAAAGACUCAGAAAUGUUGCCCUUUCACUCGUCAACAUUACCAAAUCAAAACCAGAGUUUCUUAAUGACAUUGAAAGAACUACUAUUCAAAUACUUAACUCCUGGAAAGAUAAAAAACAAGUCAUGUUCUGUGAAGAGGCAAGAAAGUUCACUUUCAAUGUAAUAGUAAAGCAAGUGCUAGGCUUAACACCAGAAGAGCCAGAGACUACCAAAAUUCUUAAAGAUUUUCUCACAUUUAUGAAAGGGCUCAUAUCUCUGCCUCUCUAUAUUCCUGGAACUCCAUAUGCUAGAGCUGUUCAGGCUAGAAGCAGGAUAUCCUCUACUGUCAAAGCAAUUAUAGAGGAAAGAAGAAGAAAUGUUGAUUGUAGAUCAAAAAGGAGAAGUGAUUUCCUUGAGAUACUUCUAAGUGUUGAUACCUUAUCUGAAGAUGAAAAAGUUAGUUUUGUGUUGGAUUCUCUGUUGGGUGGAUAUGAAACCACCUCUCUCUUAAUGGCUAUGGUAGUUCAUUUUCUAGCUAACUCACCCACAGCAUUAGAUCAGCUAAAGCUGGAGCAUCAAAACAUAAGAAGCAUGAAGGAGAAAGAUGAGUAUUUGAACUGGGAAGAUUAUAAAAACAUGGAAUUUACUCAAAAUGUCAUCAGUGAAGCACUUAGAUAUGGGAACAUUGUAAAAUUUGUGCACCGAAAGGCUUUGCAAGAUGUCAAAUUUGGAGGUUACUUAAUUCCAUCAGGUUGGAAGGUCCUACCAGUUUUUACAGCAGUGCAUCUAGACUCAUCUCUGCAUGCAAGUGCUCUACAGUUUCAUCCAUGGAGAUGGGAGACACAAGAUCAAACAUGCAAGAAAUUUACACCUUUUGGUGGAGGUUCUAGAUGCUGCCCAGGAUCUGAACUUGCCAAGGUUGAGGUCGCAUUCUUUCUGUACCACCUUGUACAGAAUUUCAGAUGGAGAACAGAAGAUGUAGAGCAAGACCAACCCAUAGCAUAUCCAUAUGUAGAAUUUCAAAGAGGGCUGAUGCUACAUUUGGAAGAAUGUUCUAUUUUGAGCCCAGAGUGAUCCCCAUUAGGCUUUUUGUUUUGAGGAAUGGAGAAGUUGCAUGAUUUGGGUGAAGACUCAGGAGAAGGAUCUUCAGCUUGGUAUAUUACAUUGGGCUCGUAGCUCUCUUUCUAUUUUCCUUUUCCUCUUUCCCUCAUUACCAGUCUUUCUUUUUUUGUUAAAAGAAGAUUGGGUUAUUCCUUAAUCAUCUGUAAGGAACCUUCCUUUCCUGCCACUAAAUUUUCAAUGGAUUGUAAUAUGUUAAAUCCUGAAACCUCUGGUACAUAAGAAUCUUAAUCCGAUAUCUCUAUUGAUAUAUAUAAAUAUUUUUUUUGUCUAAA